AUGGCUCGGAACGGGGAGGCUGACAAGGUCAAGGCGCGAGAGGCGGGAGCGAUCGAGGCCGUCGUCAGCGCCAUGACCACGCACGCAUUCGACGCAGGGGUACAGCAGGCUGCGUGCUCGGCCUUGCGCUUCACUGUCAGCUUCAGGGACGAGAGCCAGGCGCAGGCGCGAGAGGCGGGAGCGAUCGAGGCCGUCGUCAGCGCCAUGUCCACACACGCAGUCGACGCGGGGGUACAGCAGGCUGCGUGCUGGGCCCUGAGACAUACCGCCUUGUGCAGCAUGACAGAGGGCAUGGCUGACAGCCAGGCGCGGGCGCGGGAGGCGGGAGCGAUCGAGGCCGUCGUCAGCGCCAUGUCCACGCACGCAGACGAGAUGUGCUUGCAUUGGUCAGCAUGCCAAGCGCUUGAGAGCAUGACGGCGGGCAUGGCUGACAGCCAGGCGCGGGCUCGGGAGGCGGGAGCGAUCGAGGCCGUUGUCAGCGCCAUGUCCACACAUGUGGACGAACGAUGGCUACAGUGUGACGGAUGCACGGCCUUGCGCAGCAUGACGGCGGGCAUGGCAGACAGCCAGGCGCGGGCGCGGGAGGCGGGAGCGAUCGAGGCCGUAGCGAGGGCGAUGCAAAGGCAUGAGGGCAGCGGGUGGUUGGAGGAUAGCGCGAUGGAGGCUCUGAGCAGCCUUGCUAGCGACAACUCGUACAACAUCCGACGCAUCCGACGGCUCCGAGGCGCCGCCCUGCCUCCCAACAUCCCCGACACCCGUGCUUCUGAGGCGCGCCGACGGCUCAGGUCCGUGCUCGAGCGACGCGAUGCCGAGUGA